UCACCUUCUCAGUCCAGAGGGGCUCUUCAUUGUUUCUACGAGGCUCCAUGGCCAACUAAUGGUUUUCAACUAAUUUUGUGUAACUUAUUGUUUUUACCGACUUUACAAAAGAGCAGGAGAGCACACAAUUUAUUAUCUGUGUUUUUAAUGUUUUACCAGAGUAUUUUCAGAGCCGUUCUACACUAAUUUGGAAACAAAAUUAUUUCCUCGUGACGUGAAGUUUAUCGGAUACAGACUUUUUUAAACGCACAUUCCUCUUAUUUAUCGCCCAUUUUUUGUUUAAAAUGUGGCGUGUUCUGUUCCUCCUGGUUCUCUGCUGUGUUUUUCGGACACCCGGUGUUGUGGCGGAUACAAACCUGGAUUCACCCCGAGAAAAGCUGCUGUCGACCGGAGCAGAGGAGCAGCCGGACAGAGGCGCUCCCAAGGCGGCUACAGGUGAGCAGCCUCCCGUGGACGGGAGGACUCCUCUGCCCACCUCCGUGCCUCUGGAGGACGAGCUGGACAACCAGGAGAAUAUAAUUAGCCAGCUGCUGGGAGAUUAUGACAAAGUAAAGACCGUUUCAUCUGGCUCAGACUGCGUGUGCCGCUGUGUGGUUCGACCGAUCAGACGCUCUGACUGCAGCCGUAUCCACCAUGGUGAUUCUGCACCGCAGCUCCAGGACUUUUACUCUGUGGAGACAAUCACCAAGGGAACGGGCUGCAAGAAGUGUGUGUGCAUGGCGCCACCUUCAGCUGUUAACCCCUGCGAGGGAGAGUACAGAUUUAAAAAACUACAGGAGGCAAGCAAAGACGACAUCAAGAUGGCUACAAUCAUUGACUUACUGGAAGGCUCUAUGUAUGGAUUGGACUUGUUAAAACUUCACUCUGUCACCACCAAACUGCUGACCCGGAUGGACAACAUGGAGAAGGAUUUUUCACGAAAUGUAACUGAAAUAAUUAGAGAGAAAGAGCGCGUGAAGGAAAAAGCAAAAGAAAAGGAUAAAGACAAGAAAGUUCAGCAGAAGAAAAAGAAAAUGAGUGAUUUGGAGCGUUCAGGACAGAAAACUGGAGCAGCUGUCCACAAGCAGAAAAAUAAUGAAAGCCAGCUGAAGAAAAAUCAGCAGCAAGAUGGUUUGGAGCAACGGCAGCCGRCCAGGAACGAGACAGAAACUAAAACCUCAGUGAAAGAAAAGAACGUGUUCAUCAGAGGAGUGACUUUUUACAAGGCAGAUGAAGAGCUCUACGAAGGAGAAGAGGAGCAAAAGAAAGGGAGAGGAAAGACGACUUCUAUAACCACAAAUGCUGGAGAAGACUCACAGAGUUUUGUCAAGAUGCCAUUUGUCACCAAAAGUUCUGGACCUUCAAGAACAUCUAUCAAAGAAGUGGAUCAGGAGCCCAAACGAGAGCGUCAGAACGAUCAUUUACCCACCCGUCAAGCAAAAUCAACCACUAAGCCGCCUCCCAUCAAACCAACAGAUCAGAUCAGUUCUACAGCUCAGGUGACGGCCAAACUUAAAACUACGACCCAUCAAACCUCGCCUGUCACCGUUCCUCCCACGUCACCUUCAGACACCAACGUCAGCCCUCCCAGGGAUGCCCUUCCCACUGCACCAUCUCUCCCAAAACCUAAGAGUCGACUCAGCUGGACAGAGAGCCCUGCUGACCAACCCAAGACCACCAAAAAACCAGGUGUGUGUAAGGACACAGUAGCCAGCAUCUCCGAGCCGGUCCAGCAGAACUUCUACGGUCUCAGUGAUGGAGCCUGGAUGAAAGAUGCUCACGGCCAUGGCAAAGUCAUCUACCUCACCAAUGGUCACUAUGGCAGCACGCUACUAGAAUUUCGAGAUAUGGACACCUUCAAAUUAGGUCAGGCGAGUAAUACGUACAAGCUGCCCUACAGUUUCACUGGAACGGGUCAUGUCGUGUUUAACGGAGCCUUUUACUACAACCGAGCGUUCAGCGGAGAUGUGAUCCGAUACGACCUGCGACACAGAUAUGUUUCUGCCUGGACAACACUACAUGAUGCUUUACUGGAGGAGCAAGUUCACAGGACACAAACAGAA